AUGCAGCCAGUGUCGCAUGGCAAAUCCGCGCCCUCGCACACUGCCUCGCCUCCCGACGCGGGAGAAGAGGAGAAGCUCUGGUACGGGAACUGGCGGGGCGACGCGGCGAGCAACCGGCAGGUGCUCGCGAGCCUGGCGACGGCACAGCAGCUCGAGCAGUCCGCGCUCGCGGCCGGGCGGGGCGGCUGGCGGCUGCUGUCGCACGUGUACCGGGCGUACUUCGAUGCCACGGCGCGCGAGGCGCGGGCGUAUGAGGCGAUCGCCGUGGCGGCGGCGGCAACGAGCCCGUCGGUUGCGCAGGCAGAGGCCACGCUGCGCGAACCGUUUACCGACCCGCAGGCGCAGCGGUGGCGGGCGAAGCUGCGCGAGCUUGCGGCGGCGAUCAACGCGAGCGCUUCCCUGUGCGGCGGGUGCGCGGCGGGCGGGAUGGCGGUGCUGCAGAGCCAGAUCCCAGACCUGUCUCUCGGCACGAUCGACACGCCGCUCGCAGACCAGCAGUUCCUUCUUGCGCGGCUCGCACGCAUCGGCGCCAGCAACGCGACCGCCGCGAGGGCAGAGCUACGCGACCUGCUGUCGUGGACGGCCCCCGCGCCUGGGGCGCUCUAUGAUCAGCUCGGCCUCUCGCCUCGCAACGCGCGGCUCGACACGGGCGCGGGGCCCGAGGCGGACCCGCAGUACGUCUGUACGCCGCCUUGCGGCGAGUGCGGCGCCGGCGACGGCGACCCGCAGCGGCUGGCGUGGAUGCGCUGGGCGCAGGUGUACGGAGACGCGCCGCUGACGCUGCGCUACGCCGACCUCUCAUCAGACGCGCAGUACACUACGGACACACGUGACGACCAACUCGCCUGGACCUUUUGGAACAUUUUUGGCUGA